CGCGCCUUGGAAUAGUUUGCAGCCUUAAUCAGAAUCAGUGGACGCGAUGCCAUACGGUGUGCGCCGAGGUCGCCAGACCGGAGUCUACGAUACCUGGGAAGAAUGCAGAGAACAAGUGGAUCGCUACCCACAAGCAAGUUUUAAGAAACUUCCAACCUACGGGGAAGCGCGGGACUUUGUAGAGACCCGAGAGAGAAAUUCAUCUUAUUCUUCAGCAGGUCGUUGAGCUGAGGUGUACACAGAUGGCUGCUGUUCCAGGAAUGGUCAAUAUGGUGCAAAUGGUGGCAUCGGGGUUUAUUGGGGUCCUAACGAUUCAAGAAAUGUUUCUGCAAGGCUUGAAGGAAGGCAAACCAACCAGAGAGCUGAAAUAGAGGCUGCCUACACUGCUGCGAAACAAGCUAGGAAUGAUAAUGUCACCCAUCUUGAAAUAAAUACUGAUAGCAAGUUCACAAUAGAUGGUAUGACAAAAUGGGUGCCAAGGUGGAAAGAAAAUAAUUGGAAAACCAUUGAUGGUAGAGAUGUUAUCAACAAGCAGGACUUCCAGAAACUUGAUAAAGCAUGUGAAAACAUGGACGUAAAAUGGAACUAUGUCCCAGGGCACUCUGGCAAUGCAGGGAAUGAAAUGGCUGAUCAGCUGGCUAAAGCAGGAUCAAGUAAAUAAAGAGCAGAAGAUUAGGCACCAGUGUUAAUUAUACGGCACUAAACUGCCAUUAUGCUACAUGCAUAUUUUUGCUAAAGGCCUAGUUGGGUCACUUCCUAAUUUUUUUCAUGUGACAAACUACAAUCAUAUAGUUGUGCUUGGCGAGUAGUCCUUCCCUAAAGUGGCAGGCAGAUAACAUUGCUGCUAACUGAGGACAGGGCCGUGUUAUGCCGAGUGGGAAAAGUGUUAAUAUACAUGUUUAAAAAAAGAAAGUGGUGUGUAGAAGUCGAGGCGGCGCUGUUGCUAAAAUUUAUAGUGCUUGUGUUCUAUUUCUUGUUAGUUUAAAUCUUCUUUUGUUCAUUUUCUGAAAUUGAAUGGUAGUACAUUUAAAUAAAAUUCAUUUAUGCCGUUAUGGCUUUGUGUGCAACAGCAUGGAUUGGCAAAAAUAGCCAUAAUAAAAAAUAAAAAAAAUGCCUGAGGCAAGAAAUAAA